UUGCGAUCAUCAUUGUUAAGGACAGCUGUGUUUUGGGCUCGCAAAGACAACAAGCUGAACAGACAGAAUGGAUGUGCAGCCUAUAAUGAUGAAGUACGUCGCAACAUUACUUCUGCUUUCGGCACUGGUUUACACGGCGUCGUCUGUCACCCAUUAUUCUAUUCCGGAGGAGAUGGAGGUAGGCUCUGUGGUUGCGAAUUUGGCUGCAGAUUUAGGAAUCGAUGUGCAAACGUUAGGAAGACGAAAAAUUAGGUUAGAUAUCCUUGCAAAUAAGAAAUACCUGGAUGUGAACAAAGACAGCGGAGACCUGUUUAUUUUGGAGCGCAUUGACAGAGAGUAUCUUUGCACAUCAAAAACAGUUUGUUAUUUAAAAAUGGAAGUAAUACUUGAGAACCCAGUUCGUAUAUUUAACAUUGAAUUGGAAAUAAUGGACAUUAACGACAAUGCGCCUUACUUCCGUAGGGAUACGAUUAAUUUGGACGUCUCUGAAUCUACUGCUGUUGGCGAGAGGUUUUCUCUAAGUAAUGCGGUUGACCCUGAUAUAGGUUCAAAUUCCAUUAAAAGUUAUCAUUUGAGUGAGAGUGCAAACUUUGAUAUUGAAAUACAGACAGGGAGGGAUGGUUCAAAAUUUGCUGAUUUAAUAUCGAAAAAAGCUUUAGAUCGCGAGGAGCAGGCCAUUCAUAAUCUGAUACUCACUGCUGUGGAUGGAGGAGUCCCCGCUCGCUCUGGCACCGCUAGUAUUAUUGUGCGCGUUCUGGACACUAAUGACAACGCCCCUCAAUUCGAUAAAGACAGUUAUACUAUAAAUCUAACAGAAAACUCACCAAUAGGAAGUCUUGUUGUAAAAUUAAACGCGACAGAUAGAGAUGAAGGCUCCAAUUCACAUAUCACUUAUUCUUUUAGUCUGUAUACAUCUGAGAAAACACAGACAGCAUUUGAAGUAAAGCCUGACAGUGGUGAAAUCAGAGUAAAAGAGAUGAUUAAUUAUGAGGAUUUUAGGAUCUAUGAUAUGGAAAUUAUAGCAACAGAUAAAGGAGCUAAUAGUCUUUCUGGGAAAUGUAAAGUAAAGAUUUUAAUCACAGAUAUGAAUGACAAUCAUCCUGAAAUUUCUAUAAAAUCAUUCUCAAGUCCAGUGAAAGAGGAUAUAGCUGUAAAUACAGUAAUUGCAGUUGUUAGUGUGAGUGAUAAAGACUCAGGAGAAAAUGGACAGGUAGAUAUUCAUAUUUCUGUUGAUUUACCUUUUGCGCUUAAAGAAUCGUCUGAUAAUUAUUAUGAAUUAUUAGUUUCAGAACCGUUAGACCGUGAAAAGGUUCCAGAAUAUGACAUCACUAUUACCGUGACUGACAGGGGCAACCCGCCGUUAUCUGAUAAUGAAACUAUAACUUUAGAGCUGCUGGACGUUAACGACAAUGUUCCUCAGUUCCCACAGACAUUCUACACGAUACCUGUUAUGGAGAAUAACGCGCCUGGAGCUUUACUGAGCUCUUUAACUGCUAUAGAUCCAGAUCUCCAUGAAAAUCAGUAUCUAGUUUAUUUUAUAAUAGAGAAGGAAAUAGUGAACACCUCCAUGUCCAUGCUGUUCUCUAUUAACCCAGAGAACGGGAAUCUUUACGCGCUAAAGACGUUUGACUAUGAGAUAGAGAAGGAGUUCCUUUUCCACAUCGAGGCCAGAGACUCUGGCGUUCCUCCGCUCAGCAGUAACGUGACCGUUCACAUUAUUAUCAUGGAUCAGAACGACAACACGCCGCUUAUAGUGUCUCCAUGGCGCGCGCACGGCUCGGUGGUGGAGGAAAAGAUCCCGAGAUCCACCGAUAAAGGAACUCUGAUAGCCAAAGUCAUCGCCAUAGACUCUGAUUCAGUGCACAACUCUCGAAUCACGUACCAGUUCCUCCACAACACUGACGCCACAUUAUUCAGCUUAGAUCAAUAUAACGGAGAGAUCCGGACCAUGAGAAUGUUCAGUUACAGAGACUCGCGCCACCAGCAGCUGGUUGUGAUCGCCAAGGACAACGGAGAGCCCGCGCUCUCUGCUACAGUCACCAUCAAACUGUCCACGGUGGAGACCGCCCUUAAAACCUAUGCUGACAUGACUGAGGUGCCUUUGGGAUAUGACAUCUUCUCCGAUUUAAACCUGUAUCUGGUGAUCGGACUGGGCUCUGUUUCAUUUCUUUUACUCAUCACUAUAUUGGUCACCAUCGUGCUGAAGUGUCAGAAAACGAAGCCCAGCAAAGCGGCUCCUCCGUGCAGGAACAGUGUGAUCAGCGAGAGGAACUCGACCAUCGCGGAUUCCACUCUGGUCUCCAACGAUGCCUACUGGUACAGUUUAUUUCUAGCAGAGACGAGGAAAGGAAAGCUGGUGGUCAGACAGCCUGUGCCAAAGGGAGCGAGAUACAUGGUGUCCAGUAUACCGAGGAGCACAGGACUGACCGAGACCAGCGACUCAGCUGCUUCUACUCUACAGGCAUCCACCACCACCAGCAGCAGUUCCACCUGAGGAUCCUCCCAACCAUAUUGCCAGAGCAAUGUAUGAAAAAAGUUCCAUCAACCUGCAUGUCUGUCCACCUGUAUCCAUCAUAUUCCCCUGCACCAUCAUACAACCCUGAAACCAACCCUGAAUGAUGCCUACAUCUUCACAUCAGUGUUUGGAGAGUUUGCCCAGGUCUGACCAGAGGAAUGACGAAGAUCUUUUGCCUAUGAUACUAAGAGAUACUCUUAAACCUGACCGGUCAAGAUUGGACUUGGACUGGAUCUGUGAGCACGCACACACACACACACACACACACACACACACACACACACACACACACACACACACAUGCAUAUCUUCAAACAGCACAGCUCAUGUCUUUAUCAAAGAAACUGUUCUGCAAAACCAGUAUGCUUAUGUUUGCAUGGUUAGAGUUCCCCUAUAUUUCUUUGUUAUAUUUAGUGACUGGUAAAGACAUUGGGGAGAUAAAUUAUUAACAGAAUAUUAUCAUAUGAACUGGUGUGGACACUGAAUUGCAAAAAAAAAAAA